AUGAAAUUGUUUGAUCACAUUCAGACAUUAUAUGAGCAUGAACUGUACGAGGACCUUGUCUUUCUACACGAAAUCAUUCCACACUGCGACAGUCUGAGCGCAAAACACGAAGCUCUGUUGGCUGUCUAUGUUGCAGAUGCUUAUUUUGAACUGGAGAAAUACUCCUUGAGCUUACUGAAUUACUUCAAAGCCUUGCAACUGUAUCCAGAGGUGUCUCGCUCCAUCCACGGCAAGCAGUUCUCGGACACCGAAGUCAGAUUUCGCUACCACAAAUGUUUAGUGAAGGAGAAGAAAUAUGAAGAGGCCUUAGCUGUUUUGGCUAAAAUUCCUGGACAUCAACAUAUUCCGAAGGUUCGAUAUGCCAUGGCAAAACUUUUAGCUGGCAAAGAUCACAAAGGAGCGAAUAUGUCCAUCGGCUACCUGCAGGAUGUUUUUACCAACUGCAAUAGUGCAUUCGGAUCGUUGGCUACAAUACUUCGAAGUGGAUCAUCAAGUGCAACAACAUUAGAUACAGAAGCAAUCGUUGAAAGUUUCGAAGGCUCGGGUGCCGCAAAUCUUGCUACUUGGCUUGAAGCACAGAAGUUGCUUGGUGCUGGUCAAGCUGAACAAGCUUUGAAGAUCAUGUCUUUGCUCGGAACGAAUAAUCCUAAGAUUCUCACGGAAAUGGGGUUGGUGUAUAAUUCAUUAGGCAUGCGUCACGAAGCCCGCUCAGAGUUAGCCAAAGCACAUUCUUUGGAUAGUGAGCAGCACUACGCAAUGGACACACUAGCUCUGCUGUUUGCACAGAACACUCCUCCAAUGGCAAAAGAGUUAGAGUCGCUAGCAACCCAACUUAUGAACUCGAACGAGAAUACUGUAGAAGCAUGGAUCGCAUUCGGACACUGCGCACGAGUUCAAGGCAAGCUUAAAACAGCACUGUACUUUGCACACAAGGCUUGUAACCUCACUGUAUUCGGCGAUAAACCCAAAUCUGAAGCUAUGUUGCUGAAGGCACUCGUUCUACUGGAUCUUGAGAAAUUCGAUGAGGCGAUGCGUCAUUUAAGCGCAGCUAUCAAACGAGAUGUCAAGAAUGUUGAUCUCUACGAGCUACAAAUAGUUACUUACCUUCAGAGAGCCAAGAUCCGGGAAGCUCGUGCUGCUGUGGCUAUCUGUAUACAGAAUCUCCCUAGUUCUCCUCGGGCACGCGUCCUCAAAGCCCAAGUUUUGCUCGCCUCAACCAGUGGAAAAGAGGAGGCACAAACAAUAUUAGAAGAAGUCGUAUUUGCUCAUCCGUAUCUCUUAGAAGCGGUUUGGCUUCUUAUCAGCCAGUAUGAUAGUACUCAUAAUUACCAGAAAGGCACAGAAGUAUUGAAGAAAUUAACAGAGAACUCUAUGGUUCCUUUCCAUUCUAUGGGUCGGCUUCACCACCAACUUGGUGAGUUUUUGUCGAAGACGGGUAUGCCAGCAGCAGCAUAUCAUCACACCAACUUAGCACUCACCAAACAGUGUGAUGAGGCUGCCGUACAAAUGACUCAUCUUGAACCGACAUUGUCGUUCACUACACCUCCGAUGCCCACUACUCCCACCUGUGCUCCAAACGAAUGUCCAGGUGCACCUCGCCUUAGAGGAAGACAGCGACAUGCGACGCCUACUUCUAGCACUACGACGGCUGAUGGAGAUGCACGCGGUGUUCGGCUUUUCUCUUUCGACUCCUCAAUGGAUGAUACAGCAGGAGAAGCAAUGGACGUACCUUCGGAAGGUUAA